GCAACAUUUUUUCGUUGGCUUGGUGCAUUCAAUAUGAUAAUCGCGGUUUCUUAUCUAGCUUUCUUGUCGUUUCAAUGAAUGAUCAAAAUCAUUCGUUGCUUAUUCUUUUCAGUGUCAUGUAUUUGUUAGACGAAAUUUUAUGUUGUGCCUUCAAGUUGUGGAACUUACAAUAAUUGUUGGUGUUGUAUGUUAACAUUAACGAGACUUUAUAGAAAUGGUGAAUAUAGACACAAUACAAAAAAAUUAUCCGCUGCAUUGGCUUAUAUGGAAUAACAAUUAUGUAGAACUCGAAGAGGAAUUAUCUACAAAGCUGCAUAAUAUUGAAAAACUUGAUAAUAGAGGAAGAACACCAUUGAUGUUAGCUGUGACUUUGGGUCACAUUGAAUCUGUUGGAGUAUUAUUGCAACAUGAAGCUAAUGUUAAUACAGAGAAUACUCAAGGAUGGACUGUGGUACAAGAGGCAGUUGGUACUGGAAAUCCUGAAUUAAUACAAAUGGUGUUAGCACAUAGGGAUUAUCAAAGAUAUUGUAAUCGGGUAGCUGGUAUUCCAGAAUUGCUUCAUAAACUUAAACAAGCUCCUGAUUUUUAUGUAGAAAUGAAAUGGGAAUUUACUAGUUGGGUUCCUCUUGCCUCUAGAAUAUGUCCUAGUGAUACUUAUAAAGUAUAUAAACAAGGCAGUAAUGUGCGAAUUGAUACAACUUUAUUAGGAUUUGAUCAUACAAAAUGGCAACGUGGAAAUCGUAGUUAUGUUUUUAAAGGACAAACUGCAUCACAUGUACCUGUGGCAAUUAGAUGUGAACGGAGUUAUGUGUUCAGUAUGGUUGGACAAGAGUCAGAUGAUGGAGCAACAAUGAUGGAAGUAGAUCACAAAACAAGAAAAGUAUAUGUUGAGCAUAUUAAACUCGUAGAUAUUGAUGAUAUGCAAUUAAUGGAACCCUCUGAAGAAGGAGUACUAGCUCGACUUACAAAUCCAAUAGUUACUACAUAUAUAGAUACAGAUAAAAUUAGUUUUGAACGUAAUAAAGCUGGUUUAUGGGGAUGGCGCUCUGAUAAAAGUGAAGUAGUUAAUGGACAUGAGUGUAAAGUGUUUAGUGCAUGUAAUGUAGAAUUAAUAACAAAAACUCGAUUAGAACAUUUAUCUGAACCUGAUAAGGCACGAGCUCGUGCACCUCGUACACCUCUUCAAUCAUUUCUUGGUAUGGCUGAACAGCAGCAAGAGAACAGUAAUAGCGCAACUACUAGUGAAGAAUAUAAUAAUAUUGGAAAUCCUUCUAAUAUAACAGCUGAAGAAUAUUUUGAUCCAGAUGUUGAUUUAAAUGGAAGAGAUAUAGGUAGACCAAAAGAAGUUAAUACAAAAAUUCAAAAAUUUAAGGCAACUUUAUGGCUUAGUGAACAGUAUCCAUUAAGCCUUCAAGAACAAAUUAUGCCAAUUGUUGAUCUUAUGGCAAUAUCUAGUUCACAUUUUGCAAAACUAAAGGAUUUUAUCCAAAUGCAACUACCAGCUGGAUUUCCUGUUAAAAUUGAAAUUCCUUUAUUUCAUAUAUUAAAUGCAAGGAUAACAUUCGGGAAUAUUUUUGGUAUGGACCAAGAAGUGGCUCAUGUAGGACAUUUACAAGAAACUAAUAGAAUGACUUGUUUAGUUGAUGAUAUUUGUUUUGAAGCGCCAAUGGGAUAUGUAAAACUAGCAGGUGCUGAAGUUCGAACACAAUUUAGUAUGGAAGAAGAGGAUGAUCUAUUACAAUUUGCUAUUCAACAAAGUUUAUUAGAAGUUGGAAGUGAACGUGAUGAGGUUGAUAUAUGGGAAGCCUUAAGAGCGCAGAAACCAUCACGACCUACUACGCCUAAUAUGACUACUGAAGAAGAAAGGCAGCUACAAAGAGCUAUACAGGCAAGUUUGGCGCUUUGUCAAGAUAGUACUGCUGGAUGUGCGAGCGGUCAAAAUAACACGGAUAAAACAAAUGAUUUAGAAAACAGUGACUCGCUCGAAGAUACAGCGGAACAAUUAAGACUGGCGUUAAGACUUUCGGAAUUACAACAGUUAGAAGAAGAACAGCGUCGAUUAUUAGAAGAAGAAACGUUUCGACAAGUGUUGGAAUUAUCUCUCACAGACAAAUGAAUGUGCAAUAGUCAUAGCAAAUUUGAUCACAUUAUACUUCCACGACUACGUGAAAUCUUCCAAAAGCAUGGCUAUUAAACGCGAAAUCAUUUCUUACAAUUCAUAAGACGCAUUAAAUAAACCUGUUGUUUACAACAGUCAUUUGUUAUAAUAUAUAUAAAUAGUUAAAAAAAAAUAUAUAUAUAUAUAUAAUAUGUAUAUAUGUAUGUAUGUAUGUAUAUGUGUUUAUGAAUACAUAUAUAUAUACAUAAAUAUAUACAUACAUUACAUACGUACGUACGUACAUACGUAAUAUAUAUAUAUAAAUCGAACGGUGGAGAUAAUAUAACAUUAACUAUGAAAGUAAAUAAUUUAAAUUAUGUUAUUUAUUUCUUAGCUACAUUUUAUAUGAAUUAAAAAAUUGAAUAGUAUGGAGGAAUACAUGGUAUAUUAUGCAUAAUACUCAGAAGUCUUGAAAAUUACAAUUGCUCUAACAGAAAGAUCAGAAUAUUUCUGGCUCUCCAAAUUAUAUUCGAAUUAAAUGAUAUUAAAUAAAUAGAGAUAAAUUCUUAUUGAAAGUAUUGUAAGUUACGACUGUCAAUAUUUCAAAUAAAAAGCUUGUAAUUCUCAAGUCUUCGAUGAUUAUCUGUUUUAUCCUUUUUCCUAAUAAUUAGAUUCGAAUUUUCAAAAAUUUCUAGUAUCAAAAUUUAGGGAUAUAUACCAAAUUAAUAUUUUAUCGAAUAAUAUACUAACAAAACUGCCUCUUAACGUUCAGGCAAUUAAAACUAUUCCAAGUUCCUUUUUAUACCCGUGAUAAAAUAAUUGUAAGUAGCAUUUCAAUUUAUUAAAAAUAGCAAUAUAACGAAAAUAUAUUAUUUAUUUCUUGUAGUUUAUGCAUUGUAGAUAAAUAAUUUUGUUGGAAUGUUUAGUACAAAUUAUGUGUAUGAAAUAAAAAAAAAAAAUUAUUAA